AUGAAAAAAAGUAAAAGUGUCAGCCGUCGACCUGAUUCACAUUUGCUCGCUGCCAUAGAGCGGCCGGGGGCGGGGGCGGAGAGGGGAGCGACGAGCGAUAAGAGCGCCCUGUGCGCCCGCGCUGACCUGGCGCGCGUCUCCCUCCCGCGCCCCCGCCUCCGCUCCGCGCUCCAGCAAUGCCUCUACCACGCGCAUAGUGCUUCACGCACGAAGACGGAGGCUAAUUUCACAACACAUUGCCACAGCACGUACGUGCCGCGCGCUGGUCGGAGAGCCGCGAUACGCCGCAAGUCGUCUACACACCCGUCGUACACG